UGUAUUUGUAUAGCAGUUACCUCCAAAACACCGCGCGCGCGCAUUGUCAAUCUAUUAUUGCAGUACUAGAUUAGCCGAUAAAUUAUUUAAUUGCUUAGCCGUCUCUAGGGCCAAAGACGGCCGAGAAAAAAAAAACGAGCACACAAAAGUUCGAAGCAAUUUCAAAAUUUGCGCGUUUUAAAAUGACGAUCAGUGAUACAAUAUUCUAGCUACAGUACAUUUAAUUUUAUUUAAUUAAUUAUUUGGGGCAUGCACCUCCAUUUUUUCAGUAAUGUGCAUUUUAAGAAAACAAAUAUCACGGAGUCUCAAACGGAGAAGCAAAUCGUGAGGAAACCUACGUAGGCAUAAAAAUCAAAUUAAAUCUUCGAAUGGACUAGAAUGUAAACUGAAACUUUGAAACCUGUGUUAAAAAUAGGAAAUGUUUAUGAUUUGGAGCACCAUACACGUGUUUACAUUUUAGGAGGCCACGGCACUAAUUAACAUGUAGAAGUCUUCAAGAUGCGAACUAGAAUGUAUUACAUAGUGACGAGACUAAACGUCACCCGAUUAAUAUUUAUAGUGAUUCUUAUGUACGCCGCAUCCCUUGUGUACACAUACAACGCAAGACUACACUCAAUACGGUCACAGAGGAAAGACAUAUCCUACACGAACCACAAAAGCUUAAAGUACAUCCUCCAAUGGACCAACAGAUUCGCUCUACCUUUAAACACAAUGGGCGAAGGGAACUCUGUAUUCGUAAAGGGCAAGUGUAAAUACACCAACUGCUACGUCACAGAUGACAAGGAAUACUUCCUCGAUCAAACAGAAUUCGAUGCAGUAGUCUUCGGUGGUUUAGACGCGAUGAAUCUCUGGUCAUUCCAACUACCCUACAAUAGAUCUCCAAGACAGAAGUACAUAUUCGCAGCAUCAGAAUCUGCGGAUAACAACCCUGUAUGCUCUCCGAUGUACAACGACUUUUUCAAUUGGACGUGGACGUAUCGGAUCGACUCUGAUUUGUAUUGGGGAUACGUCAUAAUAUACGAUUUGGAUGACAAUGUUGUUGGACCUGCAGUAGACAUGAAAUGGUUGGACAAAAUGAAUCCUAUCGUCGAAGAAUUGAAGAGUAAAUUGUUGAGUAAAUCAAAAACAGCAGCAUGGUUUGUCUCUCAUUGCUCAACGAAUGGUGGCAGGGAACUUUAUGUUAAGGAAUUGCAGAAGGAAUUAGAUGUAUACAAGCUGAAUGUCGACGUUUAUGGUGGUUGUGGCACUCUCAGUUGCCCCAGAGACGAUGAAGCGUUUUGUUUCAAGAAACUGGAAGACGAUUACUACUUCUACUUGUCGUUUGAGAAUUCCUUCGCUGAGGACUAUGUUACGGAGAAGCUUUUGAACGCGUUGAACAAUUACGCCAUUCCCAUUGUUUACGGCACAGCUAAUUAUUCAAGAUUUCUCCCACCAGGCAGCUACCUCGACGCAUUGGCCUUGGGUCCCAAAGAACUCGCCCAUCAGAUGAACGAGAUACUCACAAACCGCAGCAAAUACCACGACUUCUUCCGCUGGAGAAACCACUACAGAUACGGCCCAAGUCAUCCAGUUGAAGAAGUCUGCAAGCUCUGCACAAUGCUGAACAAUCCUGACAAAGUAUCCCAAGUGACUGUGUGGAAGGACUUUGAUAGAUGGUGGAAUGGUAAAGAGUAUGCGCACAAUUGUUUAACUCAUUGGUGGAGUUGGUAGAAUUAUGUAUUAUGCUCCUUAGUUUUAAUGGGGAGAUUGUGAUAACCAGAUACGCCUUAUUUUAGGAAGGCUGCAAAUUUGACAGGUAAAUACGGUAGCUAAUGAUAUUUUAUACAAUAGAUAGGUUACGUGCCUACAUGGGCUAAAAAAACAUUCAGCCUUUAUUAGAUGAGGCAGUUCUGGUUAUGACAUGCUCUUGUAUAUGUGAUAUAUAACCAAAGUGCUUCGCUAAAGUGUCUUAAUGUAAGCCUAGUCUGUGAAGUUUGGCGCGGUACUUAACAAUAGUACAAAAACAACAUAAUCUUCUCUAUGUUGUUGUCAUUCAUACUUAAUAUUACAAAUGUGAAAGUAAAUCUGUCUGUUACCUUUACCACUAAAUCGGUUCGGGACUUUGAUAUGUAAACACAUUUGACCGUGUGACAGAACAUAGAUUACUUUUACUCUGGAAAAAUUUAUCGUUCUCGCGGGAUUUCAAAAAAAUAUCGCGGGUGACCGCUGGUAUAUAAUAUAUGCAAUUGUAUAGCCAGUGUUUUGUUAAUGUAAGCCUAAUCUAUGAAGUUUACCACAGUAUCAGUUGUACAAAAUCAACAUAAUCUAUUUUAUAUUGUUGUUAAUGAUUAUUACCUAUAUAAAUUAUUUAUUUAAGUAUAUGUAUAUAUAUGUAUAUAUAUAUAUAUAUAUAUAUAUACAGGAAGAAAAUUUUUUUAGUGCGGAUAUUUUUAUAUUUUGUACAUAAACAAAAUUUAAUGAUCACGUAUUUUUUCUUUUUUUUUUUAACUCAAAAAUAACAAAAUUAUCGUUAGCUAAAGUUAUUUACUUUUGAACAGAAUUUUAGGGUCACCCUAUUGUGCGUUUAUUUUAUUUUCGUUAGAUACCUAAAGGACGUCACCAGAUCACUUUUAAGCUGAAUAUAUCUUGUUUAGUAAUAAUAUCUACAUUAUUUUGUUAUUUUAGAGACAUAAAUUAAAAAAAAAAUUACAUAAAAUGUAUCGAACUGUUUGUAGAUUUAUAUUCUAUUAAUGAUACAGAACCACGAAAAAAAAUAUCCGCACUAAAGACCGAAUCACCCUGUAUAUAUAUGUGUAUAUAUAUAUAUUUUAAUUUGUAAUGCAAGUUUUAUCUAUACUAAUAUUAUAAAGAGGUAAAGUUUGUAAGUUUGUAAGUUUGUAACAAUUUUUUGAAAUGGGGUAAUCUUCGGAACUACUGGUCCGAUUUUAAAAAUUCUUUCACCAGUAGAAUGCUACGUUAUCGGGGAGUGCUAUAGGCUAUAUUUUAUAUUUCUAUCAUGUAUAACUACUGAGUUAUCGCGGGUUUUCUCUUACAGGUCGGACCGAAAAACUUACUUAUUCGCAUGCGCUGCCUCAACCAUUGCGUAUAACUGAAAUAAAUGUAUGGAGGCUUUUUGAACCUUUAAAAGUUCUACAAAAAAGUCCGCGACACCAUAUAUCUAUCUUUUAUAUUUUAGCAGAUAUAGUACCUUUAGUACUUUAAUAAAUUAUUUAUAUUUUAAAUUAAGGUUUACGUCAUUAUUUACACAACUAAACUUAAAUCCUUAUCAAAAUAAAUUAUUUAAUAAUCACAAGGAUAUUAUAGAGAUAAGAUUUGCCCUUUACAGUAUGUUAAUUAGUUAUAUAGUUUCGGAGAUAAUACAAAAUUUCUAAAAGUCGCAGAAAUGCCACUAUAUGACGCCCCGCGGUUUCAAUUACGUGGUUCCCGUUCCCGUGUGAAUAUGAGGACCAAACAUAGCCUAUGACACUCACAAAUAAUGUAGCUUUCUAUUGGUAAAAGAAUUUUCCAAAUCGGUCCAGUAGAUCCAGAGAUUACCCCCGACAACCACACAAACUUUACCUCUUUAUAGUAUUAGCAUAGAAGUCGCUUGGGAAAUUAUAGUCUUUUGGUCAUUGCACCACGCACAAAAGGCUGGACCAAUUAUGCUGAGGGUAGGGAUAGGAUAGGGGUAGGGAAGGGGUAGGAUAGAGGUAGGGUAGGGGUAAUUUAGGGAAAGUGUAGGGUAGGGUAGGGUAGGGUAGGGGGGUAGAGGUAGGGGAAGGAUAUGGAACGUACAGGGUAGGGGAGGAGUAGGAUAGGGGUAGAGUAGGGUAAGGUAGGGUAGAGGUAGGGUACGGGUAGGGUAGGGUUAGGGUAGGGGUAAGGUAGGGGUAGGGAAGGGUUAGUGUUAGCGGUAGGGUAGGAGUAAGGUAGGAGUAGGGUAGGGGUAGGGUAGAGGUAGGGUAGGGGUAGGGUAGCAUAGGGUAUGGAUAGGUUACGGGUAGGGUAGGGUAGGGGUAAGGUGGGGGGAGGGUAGGGUUAGCGUUAGCGGUAGGGUAGGAGUAAGGUAGGGGAAGAGUAGGGUAGGGUUGGGUAGGUUUACAUAAAUUUUUACGCGGACGAAGUCGCGGGCGUCCGCUAGUAUAGUAUAUUUCCCAUAGUUGUUUUUUGUAAGUCGUUUAUUCAUUUGUUGUGUUUUUUUAAAUAGUUUAGUAGUAAGGCGUAGAUAGUGAAUUUGUGCAUAUUUCACAGUGGCGUGCACUUCAUAGAUGCAAAAAAAACUGCCUACCUUAAGGUGUCAAUACAAACCUAUGGUGGACCACAGAAAACAUAGAUGGAGAAAGAAUUUAUUUUUUCUAUUUUUACUUAAAGUGUAUAAAUACCCUAGUCAAAAACCCUAUGCACGCCACUGAUACUUAUUGCACGUAUGACACCAUGCCGCGGCGAGUGGGAUACUUCUGAACGAAACAAGUUUCCAAGGUCACAACCCACGCCGAGAGUUAGGUAUAUCGAUGUACAUUGUGGGCACCUUCCUUGUUUUGCUCAAUCGACAUACAAUUUUCUCUUUCGCUUAACUAUUACUGUACUGGCUGUAGAACGACUUAGGUCACAUGACCUUACCCUAUGUUAUUGGCAAUUGACAAGUGUGUGUCAUCAUAAUUAUCGGUAUUCCGUACGACGUUUAACCGAUUACAAACGAAUUCGGACGAUACGCUACGGAAAUAUCAGAUAAUACGUAUCAUGAAAAAGAUUUAUUUUUACUCCAAAUACAAUAACUUGAUCGAACUUAUACCCCAAAAAAAAAAAAUACCGUGAAUGUGGAUGAUUGCAUUUCAAAUGGUCGUGCUGUAAAUGGCCCAAAACACUUUUAUUUGAGCUGUUCCUAAGUAAAAAAAUGUAUUAAAAGCCAUCUCAGAGGAAACCACAAGAAUUCACCCGCAUAACUCUUGUUAAUUGUAAGAACACGGGAUAUAGCCUAUAUCUAUUUUCAGGGAUAAUGUAGGAUUAAUGUUGAAAGAAUUUCUCAAAUCGGUCAAGCAUUUCAAUGCAAGCAUACAGUCAAAUAUUCCCUUAUUAUUAUAUUUGUAUAGAUUGCUUUUAUCCUUAUUUUAUUUAGUUUGCUAAUUACAACAUUUUAAUUCAUAAUUCAUAUUCAUAAUUCUUUAUUUGCAAAUUGUUAAAUACAGAUCUUGAUAUAAAUGUUGGCAUACAAUUUGCUACAAAAUAGCAUGCAAAUUUUAAAAAUAAUCUUAUAACUAAAUUACAUUGUCUAUAUUACACUAUAAUUAUUGAAAUUUGAAUGAAAUUUAUUAUUAUGUCCGUUAUACGUUAAUUAUUAUUGUUUGUCAGUUAAAUAGUCUUUGUUAGUGUAAUACCGUUUUUUUAACAAUAGUUCUUUGAUUUUAAUUUUAAAUAAAGCAACACUUAAAUUUCUAUCAGCUAAUUUUGCUGGUAAUUUGUUGUAAAUUAGAGGUGCCAUAUGAAAAAUGCUAUUGCUAUUUUGUAAUAACCAAACUAAAUAAAAAACAUAAAAAAUGAAAAAAUAAAUCUUUCAUGAUACGUAUAAUCUGAUAUUUCCGUAGCGUAUCGUCCGAAUCCGUUUGUAAUCGGUUAAACGUACGGAAUACCGAUGAAAUAUUGUUAACGACACACUCAAUAAUAACAAUUGCCAAUACAUUGUCAAUAACAUAGUAAGGUCGUAAGAUGGCCUAAGUCGUACGUCCUAUAUUACAAUAUUACUUGAUACGGCUUGAGAAACUUUACUUUAUUGACUUUAUUGAUAGUAUCUACUAUGUGUUUGCUUGCAAUAUGUGCAUACAGGUUAUCCCGUAAAUAGUACGCCACAUUCUACUAGUGAUAGCUUAUAUCAUGGCCUACUAAUAUAUGUAAUUAUGUUAUUUCUUGAUGUCAGCUAUCACCUUGUGAACUAUGUCGUAAUAUUUACGAGACACCCUGUAUACUGAAUUUAUCGCCACAUUGACCAUGACAUUGCUUGUCAAUGUAACCGUAUGCAGUGACCGUGACUGUCAAAGGUUAUAUAAAUCGAAAACAAUGCUCUUCUUGUCCGUGAUCAUGGAACCUGCAUACCAGAGAAUUUUCUUAAUUCUUUGAAUUAAAUGAAAUAUACUUUAUUGUACACCAAAAAGAAUAAUAACAAGCAAGAAAUUAACUUAAAAACUAAUGUGUUGGUCUUAAAGGUCCAAAAUGAUUUGAGAACUUCUGGUAGAUACAUGAUGAAAUACAAAGGUAUAACCCGUGCGCAUUAACCUGACACCUGGCUACCAAACACAUCGAUACAAACACAGUACAAGCAUCAUUCGAGCCAGGUGUCAAGUUAAUCCACACGAGCUGUACCGUGUACGUCAACCACAUAUGCAAGUUGAUGAUUAAUUGCACCGAAGUGCUAAUUCGUUGCCGUAUAGUACGAGAACCGACGUUAAAAAUAUACACCCUCAUCUGGUAUUUAAUUGGGAUAAGAAAUAAAUGUAAAAAAAUAUUCACAUUGACACAUUGCACAUACGUUGCCUAGUUAAAUUGCGACCGAAGAUUAUUGAAUGAUUAAUUUUUUUUUAAGAUUUAUUUAAUCUCCUUCCCUCAUUUGUUAAUUUAUAAAAAAAAAACAAAAUAAUUGAAAAACUAAAGGUUACCUGCUUUCACAAUGCAACUGUGUGCAUUGCACAGUGAAAAUCUUAUUCAUAUACAGUUAGUCAUCAUUAGUUAUUUAGUCGGCUAAUUUGUCAAAUGAAAGCUUAUUUUUUGCUUCAUUUAGCUGUAUUAUGUUGCUUUUGAUAUAGUUCAUGGUUUCCUACAUUUUGUAUGAAUAAUGUGUUUGGUCACAAUUUAACUAUACUACUGCCUUUCUUGAUGAGCACUGUUUACCAACAAAGAUAUUAGAAAUUAAGGUAGAAAACGCACGUAAUUUUGUAACUAAAAUGUUGUAUAAAAUAUAUUAACCAUAACUAAUUUUUCUAAGCCUAUUAAUCAAAUUUAUUUUUAUUAAUAUAAGAACAAGUUAAUCAUAAUUAUUAUUAGGUGUGAAAUGACUUGUAUGAAUUAGUACUCUUAUUUUUAAUUUGUUUGUUUGUAAACAGUACUCUUCAAGAAAAGCUGUGAUGUAAGUAUAGGCAACCUAUUCGCAAUGUGUCACUAUGAACAUUGUUUAUCAUUUAUUACAUAGCACUAAUGAAUAACAGAUGAGGGUAUUUAUUUCUAACGCCGGAUCUUAGACCAGUACGUCAUGUGGCAUACUACAAUAUUAAAAUGAGUCACUUUGAUAAAUUGACUUGUGCAUUAGAGCGAAUGGACAUUCUGAUUGGCCGAUUAGCCGCGGGUGCGUGACGCGUUGCAUUCCGGCAAACGUGAUUGGUCCUCAUAAGUGAUGGUUGGAUUUUUUUUUAAAUAAUUUUGGGUUUAAUAAUAACAGGCUCAAUAUAUGAGGUUUCUUGGUAAAUAAUCAAAUUAGUUUUAUGUAGUUACUCGUAGGUGAUGUAUCUUCCACGUGUGUUUGAUUAAUAUUUAUGUGGAACACCAUGCAUGAUGUAUCAUGUACUAGAUAUACUUAUAGAGAUAAGAUUGUGAGAUCUCAAUAUACUCUAGUGACAAGUAAAAUACAUAACAAUUAUUAAAACUAUCGAGAAUGAACAGAAUUAAUCUAAGAUUUGAAUAAUGUAUUUUUUAACAAUUUACUUAUUUAUCUACAGCAUUAGCAGCACAAUCUCAGAUCAAUUACAAAUGGACCAGUAUCACACACAAAUUGACCAACGAAGUUGUCUGUCAUGUUUUGUGGGGGACGAAGUAAACACAUGUAUUGUUUUUAUUACAAAUCUGAUUCAAGUUUGUUGAGCUCGGAUAAACUAUUAAAUCGAUUUUAUAAGUUACUAGCGGACGCCCACUACUUCGUCCGCAUGGAAAUCUUCAACUUUCAACUGUAAACUUUCAACCCCUAUUUCACCAUUUUAGGGGUUGAAUUUUACAAAUUUUUGAAUCACAAUAUAUUUUUUUUUAUGAUUUAUUUAAUAAAUUUACCUGUAAACUAAAACUCUAAAAAUGAAGAACUUUUCAUACAAACUUUCGACCCCUAUUUCACCCCCUUCUAUUUUUAUUUUAGGGUCAAAAAGUACCCUAUGUUUUGCUCCAAAGUCUCAUUUAGUAUUAUACCAAAUUUCAUCUUGAUUGGUUCAGCCGUGAAAAGGUAACAGACAGACAGACAGACUUACUUUCACAUUUAAAAUAUUAGUAUAAAUAAAGGAUUUUUCGUAUAUUUUCUGUAACGUGCUAGGCCUAAAAUGAUCGGUCUCCUUUUCUAUGUAUUUCUACUGUCUAUGUUGCGCUUUCGUGUCGUUAUAGAAGUGGCAACCAAAUAACUACCUCAAUGAUAGUGAUUGUCUAUGAAAGAAUAACUCUAUUUAAAAAAUAUAAAAAAAAAGUUAUAUUAUCUAUAAGUUGUUAAGAAAAAAGUAAAACUACCAACCAAUGUAUAAAUUGUAAAUAUGUUUUAAUUAUAACUGGUUUCUAAACUAUUAAACAUAUUUUAUAAUAUUGUGUAAAAGCUGUUUUCGAAAAAAAAAAUGUUUGAAAUAAAAUAUUUUUUAAAGUAA